AUGAUUAGAUGUUACACCUGUGUCAAUAACUCUCGUAAUCCCAGAUGCGAGUGUUUGCCUGGCCUCUGCACCUUUCCACAGUGCUCAGAAGGGGACUUCCCCACAGGUCGUGUCCCGCGGGCGAUGGAACACCUGGGAGGUGCUUUGAUGUGUUCGAGUGUGGCCAACGAGACAAAGCCGGCCUGCACUUUCAACGGAGUGGAGUACCAUGACGGGGACAUGUUCAGGAUGGACGCCUGCCGCUUCUGCCGUUGUCAGGGUGGGGUGUCCGUGUGCUUCACCGCCCAGUGCGGCGUCCUCCACUGCGAGCGCUACUACGUCCCUGACGGAGAGUGUUGUCCUGUCUGCGAAGACCCCAUCUACCCAGUGCUCAAUUUAGCCGGCUGCUAUGUGAAUGGGCAGAUCCUGGCUCACGGAGACCACUGGCGUGAGGACGACUGUACCUUCUGCCAGUGUGUGAGUGGAGAGGCCCGCUGUGUAGCAGCUGCCUGCGGCCACAGCUGUCUCAAUCCUGUCACUGUGCCCGGAGAGUGCUGUCCUGUGUGUGAGGAGCCCACCUACAUCACAAUGGCGCCCCCUGCCUGCGGCUCUCUGGACAACUGCACGCUGGGAGACGAGAGCUGCCCGUUCGGCUUCCGGCUGGACUCCAGCGGCUGCAGGACGUGCAGCUGCAAGACACGAGACGAGCUGUGCAGUAGUCUAAUUGCCAGCUGCACUCUGAAAUGCCCUUUUGGCUUCCAGACUGACAUUCACGGCUGUGAGGUUUGCCAGUGUCGCCCACGUCACAAGAAGUGCAAAGCUGUGGCCUGUGCCAAGGACUGCCCCUUUGGCUACAUUAAGAACAAGCACGGCUGUGACACCUGCCGUUGUAAGAAAUGCCCUGAACUGCCAUGUGACAAGUCCUGUCCAAUGGGUUUCCAGCACGAUGAGUUGGGCUGUCUGAUUUGCCAGUGUAGAGAUCAGAGCCCGUCAUCUGUGGCUCCAGCAGUGAAACUGGGCUCCUGCUUGUCUAUGGAUGGCCGCAGGCACGAGAAUGGUCAGAGCUGGCAUGACGGAUGCAGGGACUGUUACUGCCAUGCUGGGAGAGAAAUGUGUGCCCUUAUUUCUUGCCCAGUUCCCCCCUGUGAUAACCCCACCAUCCGACCUGGCCACUGCUGCCCCACCUGUCCAGAAGAGUCCAGUUCCCAUAAGCCGGAGCUGAGCGAGGUGUCCGUGUGUUUGGCUCCGGGAGGAGAGUACUUUGUGGAGGGAGAGACGUGGAACAUUGACUCCUGCACUCAGUGCACCUGCCACAGCGGCCGUGUGCUCUGUGAGACAGAGGUGUGCCCGCCCCUGCUCUGCCACAGUCCAAUCAGAACGCAGGAUUCCUGCUGCCCUCGCUGUCCAGAUGAUCCAGUCACCCCUCAGACGCCCAGUAACGACAGCAUGCCCAGCUACUGCAGGAAUGAGGAUGGUGAUAUCUUCUUGGCCGCUGAGUCCUGGAAGCCCAAUGUCUGCUCCAGCUGCGUGUGUCUAGACGGAUCCAUCAGCUGCUUCUCUGAGUCCUGCCCGCCUGUCAACUGCGCCCGGCCCGUGCUCAGGAAGGGCCAGUGUUGCCCAUACUGUCUAGAUGCCACGCCGAGGGCCGUGUGUCAUUUCAACGGGAAGACGUACAUGGACGAGGAGCGAUGGGACAUUGACAGCUGCACUCACUGCUACUGCCUGCAAGGCCAGACCCUCUGCUCGACUGUCAGUUGUCCUGUCCUACCCUGCCAUCAGCCGGUCACCGUGGAGGGCAGCUGCUGCCCCAUGUGUCCAGAGAGUUACGCUCCCACAAAUGUGCCCAUCGAGAAGACGGACCAACGAGGAGACAAGCAAAGACAUCAACCAGCCUGGCCAACUCAUAGCGAAAACGAUAUUAUGCCACAGUUCAGAGGUGACUUCGGAAGUCUGCAGAUGCCGUACCUAGAUGGCAAGACACCGUUGCCCAGUGAUGAUGCUGGUCUGCACUGGGCCUGGGUUGCACUGCCCAUCCUAAUGAUGAUGCUCACUAUCGCCGCCCUGCUGUUGGUCAAUCAGCGUAAGCAGUGGAUCCCUGUGCCUUGCUACCGCACUCCCAAUAAGCCCACGUGUCUCAACAACCAGCUGGUGUAUGUGGACUGCCAGAAGGGGACAAAGGUCCAGGUGGACAGUUCCCAACGCAUGCUCCGCAUUGCAGAUCCUGACUCGAGAUACAGCGGUUACUACAGCAUGCAGAAACACAACAACCUGCAAGCUGACAACUUCUACCAGACCGCGUGAGACACAGGAGAGAGAGAGAGAGUGAGUGAACGAGAAAGAGAGAGACUGAGCCCGUGUUCAGCUGCCAAACCUUUGCGGCACAUGGACACCUACUAAAAAAACUGUAGAGACGGACAAAACCACCAAACCAAGUGGUCAGAGAAGAGACCCUGAUACCGAAUAACAAUUCUAAUAUUCACAUAAGUCACUCCAAGCAAAUCGAAAAAAUAUAUCACACGUCGACACCUGAAAGUCUCACCAUGAGAUGGAAGCAGCACCUAUGUAACUGAACCAUUACGGAGUGUGAUUGUUAAAUUGGAGAGGACUCUUCCAGAAUAUUUUUGUGAAUCAGAGGUAUGGUAGGUUGAGCAUCUUUUGUGUGUAAGCGUGAGAUUUCGUGGAUGUUCAGGCACAAGUUGAAGGUAGUCGUGAAGUCAAAUGAACGUUUUUGGGAUUAGGACAACUGGGGUGUUUUUUUUUUUUUUUGUUCGUUUGUUUGUUUGUUUUCAACAAUAUUUUUUUCCUGCAUUCCUAACUUUUUCUGUUGGAAAAGAGAGAAAUUAUUUUAGGAGUGAUAACUUUUUGACACAAGUGCUUGUGUGAACACUUAACGCUGAACCAAAGCUUCUCUGUCUACGAAACCUGAUAUGCCCAGAUCGGGCGAGAGGCCGAGGAGGGACGUUCACUUCCUCCCGAGACAGAGGAGGCGCUGGACUGUGUGCGGAGCACAGCAGAGAGAUGGGUAGAGGGAAAAAAAAUCAGAAGAAAGAAAAUCUGUUGUUGCAACAGAUGCAUUUUUGUAGAAGAUGCUACUGUAAGAUUGUGAUUUCCCCGGUGUUGUGGGUGAGUUUGGCCAUUUUUUUUUCUCUUUUAAAGACAAAAGGAGGAAAGCGGAGUCAACCGCUCUGUGGACAUGAGUUCUUCCUGUUAAUGGAUGUGUGGGGUCUCUAUGUUGUAUUUCUGCUUAUAUGUACGAGCGUUUUCACAUUUAAUCAUACAAACACCAUUUGCUCUUUCUCUCACAACUGAGGGCAGAUUGACACUCCUAGCAAAUAUAUAUUUUCCUGAAACGAAUCCGAGGAUUGCGAAGCGAGAUGCAGGAACAUAGCGAUAGUGGUUUGGAUUUGAGGCUAUGCUUUACAAGUGCUGCUUUUUUUGCUUUGAUUCUUUAAACCUCAUUUUGUAGGGAUGAAAACCAGCGGUGAGGAUUGUUUGCGUCUUUAAGAAACAUUUACCAAGAAAACAGAAUCAAAAGACCUUGUUCCUGAAAAGCGAGCAGAAUGGGUUUUUGUGUAAAUCACUUGUAAAAAAGUUUAGGGAUGUUUGUGUGAAUUUCUUAAUAGGGGUGUAAUGGUACACGUGCCAAACAUAUAAUUCUUUUGGUUCGGUGCGUGUGUGUGGAACGCAUUUAAGGUCUAUCGAUAUAUUUUCAAAGGAGAUAUAGGAGAUGUAGGACGAUUCCAUUUGUAUCGAUGUACUUUGAUGUUGUGAACGCAUUCGAAAAUUAAACGCAGAACACAGAUUGAGCUUAUGUGGGGAAAAAAUGAGACCUGCUUUAUAUUAAGCGUUUCAAACCACGCCAGUUUACCUGCUUUCAAAUGAAUGCACUUGAGACAUGUUUUCAUCGACACAUGCAGGAAAGCUCAUUCUAACAGCAAGUGAGUAUAUCCAUCAGACGUCGCUAAUAAACUAGCGGUGCACAUAUUCGUCAAAUUGACAUUCAUUUUAAAUCUGCGCAUUAAUUUUGACUAAUAAAUGUAAAAGCCUGUUGUGGCAGUAACAAUUUUUAUUCGAAGAAAAAUACGACCACGUACUAAGUGUCUCUUGGAGGUUAUACAGUACGUUGAAGAACGAUCACACGACUGACCUGUAAAUGCGAAAAACCCCUUUCCAUUGCAGUUUUGCAAAUUAUUCCUUUUUUCGGAUCGCCUGAAAAACCAACUCAUGCGAGCGUCUAAACGUUUUUGCGAUAUUUGGGAGUUUUUGCGUAAUCGACGCAUUUUCGUUCAGUUUUGCGCAAUUUGAAGGGUAAUGGAAACAUUUUAUUUUCGCCCGCUGUACCUGUAAAGUUUUUUUUUGUGUAUCGUUAUACCCCUACUUCUAACAUUUAAUUGUGUGUAAAAUAAAGCAAUGACGCCCCAAGAUGCCGUGGUUUACGGUGAAUUUAGAACAGCGUAUAACAGGAGCAUUGUUAGCUUUUACAACCUCACUGUAAAUCGCAGUUUCACUGGGUUUAUUGCUGUUACAGUUAUUCCAUAUACAUAGCAAGGUUUCACUAAAUAAAGCAAAAAAUAUUUAUGAUAUUAAUAAAAAUAAUAUCCCGCCAAACAAUGCAGUUCCUCAGAAACAGUUGUGGUUGCAAACAAAGUAGCUGAUGCAUAAACAAAGAGGUCUUUGUUCGUAGAGUAAUUUGCAACAGCUUCAAAUGCAGUUCAACCAAUCAGAAUCAAGCACCGCAACUAUUCGUUUUUUGAUCAGAAGAAGGACAAAUUAAUGCCUAAAACAAAAUACAAAACUGAUGGCAAUUUACCUAUCAAUCCUAUAAAUGGUUUCUAUUUAAGUUAUCAAAAAUCUACAAAUGUCUUUGCUAACAAUUUACGCCAAUCUGAAAAUUACAUUCGGUCUUCCAAAUGAUCGCAAAUAGUCCUACGAAGAAUUGGCACGAAAAGUAAUCGUCUCCAGUUUAUCAUUCUCAAGCGAUUUACACAGAAAUUGUGCUGGCUCUCUGCGAAUUAGGUCUAAAAAAAAACGAUCAAAUUAUUUUUGGUAGGGGAUCUGAAACAAACCUUUACCGUUUUUUGGUUAAGUGUUUUCCGUUUUCUUUAUUUGUACCGUUCAAGAAACUGCCUCCUUUUCUGGAAGCUUUGAAACAUUACUGAGGCACCUUCGCGUUCUGGUUUUCUAGCUAAGAACAAAUUUGGCUUCAAAAAUCCAAAGCUAUUAUAGGAACAUUUAUGUACAUAUUAUUGCUAAAAUGAAAAGACCUGAAAUAUUAUGUGAGUAUAUAUGUAUGUGUGUAUGUAUAUGUGUCGGCAUGUACGCACACAUGACUUCUCUUCAUCGGUAAGGUUCCUAGUUCAUUUUCCUAAUGAAUGUAUUUAUGAUUGAGCAAAAUAAGAGAUUUAUAUGGCAAGCUGAUGAUGACAGGCAUUCCAUUGCCUUUCUUGUUUGGUGGUGAUUAAAAAAAGCACAGACGUUGAUGAUACGGAAAGAAAGACAAACAUCUCAUUCUAUCCUUAUUUUUGUGUCUUUUUUCCCUUUGGUUUUCACAUGCAGAGCUUUGCUCAGUUGAACGUUUUGGGGCCCGUAAGAGUCACUUUGGCUUUGUUUAGACAGGCAAAAAAAAAAAAAAAAAAAAAAAAAAAUCUCGUUUUGGCUUAUCCAACUUUUAAAUUGUUUUUCGUAGUGUGAAAUGUUAGUCCAAGAGAAAUCAUUUUUGUACAAAAUACAGCGUGGACGGCCAAUUUUAGACGAAACUAAGCCUUGGUUUCUGUACGUGAAGAAGCAUUGUCACGUUGCCGUCUAUUGUGAUCUUACAGCUGAACGAUGAAGCUCUCGUUUGAUCGUUUCCUCAUGAGUCCCUUCAGGUGUCAGAACUACUGGAAUGUUGAUGGACAUAAGCUGUUGAAGUGAGGGGCGGGGCGAGGGGCGGGGCAAUGGGCGGGGCAGUGGGGGGGAACGGGUGGGGCUGGUUAUUUGUGAUAGUUUGUCUUGGUUGUAUCUUUAUCUAUAUGUGAUAUUGUUUGUAGAGCUAUACAACUUGGCACUUUUAUAUAGAGAGAAGUAACCUAUGUGUUUCUUUCUUGUUUUGGUUUCGUUUGUUUUCUAACUAAUCUUUUUAGUAGACAGAGCUUGCCCUUCUUUUGUUUUUGAUUUGUUUUGUUUUUUUCUAAACCCUUGUGGGACCCUGUGCAGGAGUAAACCAGUGAAUCUCAUGAAAACACUUACAGUCGCAUUUCACCACUACGUCACACGCAAAAAAAACCUGAGACAUUGCUUUCUGAAGUAAGUAAAUCAAGCUUAUUGUAAGACGCAGUUCGCGUUAUGACAUUAUUCUUCAAGACAAUUAAGCACACGUUCUCCAGAACAGCUUUUUUAAUUUUUUCUUUUUGUUGUCUAUUAAAUGCGGAUAAAUAUAAGUUUGUUUGUUUUUUUUAUACAAAUAUUAUAUUUGAAUUUUAAAUUUUUGUAUGGCGGCGUGGAAAAUGUGCUUAAUUGUCAUGAAUUAUCACAUGUAAUAUUAUAAUGAUUUUAAUUUACUUUGACCUUUUUUCUUUAUUUUGAGGUUGGACUGAAAUACGACACAGAUACCGUUUUUUUUUUUUUUUUUGCUUUGUUUUGGGGGUUUUUUUGAGUGAGAGAGAGGAUUCAGACCAUUUGUUUCAGACAGUUUUAACAAUCACACAGUAAACACUUUUCAUUUACUGUAUUAUUUUCAUUUCAUUUACUGUAUUAUGACCUCAAAGUCGCAUUUUAGCCCUGAUUCAAGCACAUAAAUGUGCAGAUAUAAUUGAGAUCUUGCAAGCAAUUGCUCUCGAGGACGUGAGGCUAAUUACGGAGAUUUGGAUCCUUCACUCCUGUUUAUUCUUUACCACCUUUCUGCUUUUGCGGAAGCGAAACGAUUGAUUGGUAGGCCCGUCUUUCAGUCACGGCCAAUCAAAAAGCAUCAGAGAGAGGGUAAACAAGAAUUAUUAAUGAAUCGCUGGAGAGAGCGUUGCUCCGGAGGACCCAAGCACCUUUGCAAAAAUAAACUCAACAGCGUUUCAGCAAGAUGUCAUCCAUAUUUAAUGAGCAAUGUGAAAUCUGCGCAUAGCCCACUUUCGAGCCGAAAUGCAAUUUCCACACACAAAACAGCAUUUCCUCCUCAUUGCCUCUGAACACACUGUGCUCGAGUUCACGGAUGAAAGCCAAUAAACGCCGCUGACUGGAUUUGAUUCGGGCAGACCUGCACAUUUAUUUUUCGGGUCUUACGGGGUGUAGUCUUGAUUUAAUUUUUUUUAGUGCAUUCUCUAAGUAUUGUUGUAAAUACUUGAGCGUCACUCGCCAAAACGUACAAAAAAAAAAAGCUGAAUAAAAAAAAAAAAAUACAAAAAAGGUUUGGAGAGAAAAGAAUUAGAGAUGUAAUAUAUUGUCUAUGACCUUUAAUAAUUUAUUGUUGAGCGGAAAAACUGAACUUAGCGGAGAACGUGGCUCAAAUCACGGAUGUCUGGGUUGUGUCGAUCUCUCGAAGAGCGUUUCAGACUUCAAGACUUCAUAAAGUGUCCGUUUGGUCUUUAUUUUUUUAUUAUUUUGCUUCUUCUGAGAGCACACCAAUGUCCGUUUUUCGAAAGGAUGCUAAGUGAGUUUAUUUGUUCCGAGAAAUUGAAGCCCAGGGAGCUUCUAGAAAUGUGUCCCCGUUUCCCCUCUCAACCCUCUCAUUCUUACUUUCUGCAUACAAUAUCAACCCUUCUGGAGUUUGUAUACUACUGGUGUUUAAUGUUCAUGUAAAAAAAUAAUUAUGUCAACAUGGGUCAUGAUACUGCAGAUUUAUAAAAAGGGUAGAUGAAAAGUUGACUCAGAAUUCCUGUAGCACAGCAGAUUUUUUCCAGUUUCUUGUAUUAUUUUGUUUCUUUGCAGCACAAUAAAUACUUUUUAAACAA